GAAACAAUAUUUCUGACAUGCAAAAUUCCUUAACAAGAAACAUCGAUUCUGAAGAAAUGAAUACGACCCAAAACCUAUCCGGCCCAUUUGGCGACAGUAGAAACAAAUAAAGAAAGACGGUGUGCUGAAUUGAAAACCUAGAAACCAAAACCUAGCAGUCUAUUCCAACAAAGACGUUACUAACGUUACUAAUUACUUACUUCACUUGCCCGCCAAUCACCAUUCACCACCCUUCAAUCCCAAUCACGACCACAUUAAACCUCUUUACUACCAAUUCUUCUUCAACCAAUAACAGGUCAUUAGCUAGACAAUGGUCAAAAAAGCUAAAACUUGAGGGGAAAGUUUUUGUUGUGUGUAUGAUUUGGUGGUUGAUUGUAAAGGAGAAUUCAUUAAUGAAAGGAAGUUUCAUGAGUGAGAUUCUGAGGUCUCUAGGUGAUGCAAUACUCAUUUGGUAAGCAUAAGAAACUUCAAUAAGGAGAGUUAUAGUUUUGACUUCUGGUUACAUCAGGGAGAGAUGGCAUCAUGUAAUGGAGAAGUGAUGACAUGCAAGGAUAAGAAGAAAUUAAGGAAACGCAAGAAGUGUGUUCCUUUGGAUAAGGUUGAUGGUUUAGAUAAUUGUCCUACUAAUGAUUCUUGUUUGAUGAGAAAUACAUCCUUGGAAAAAGAUACAGUUAGAGAUCCUGCAAUCAGCAAUAAAGAUGAGUCAGAUAUCACAGAGUCUCAAAGUAAUUUGGAAUCAACAUGCUCACAAACCAGUAAAAGGAAAAGGAAGAGGAUUAAGAAGAACAAGAAGAAGAAUGAGGAAAAUGCGAAAGAAAAUCAGAACAUGCAGAUAGACAUUCAAGGGGAUACUUCUUCAAUAAAGGGUGAUUCUGUUGGAACAAAUUUAUGUCAGGAGUCUGCAGUUAAUACUGAUGAAAAGGCAGAUUCGAAAAUAGCCCCACACUCACAAUUGACCAAGACACAGAGGAAGAAAAUGAGAAAGAAACAGAAGCUGCUUGCAUCUAGGAUUGAUGACAAAGCUCAUGUUCCUCUUGCUGAGUUGAACUCAGUAAAGAUGGAAGAAAAUGCUCUGAUAUCUGAAAGACAAAGUAAUUCCUUAGGAAGUCAAAGUGCUAGUUCAAUAAAUAAACAUGAUAAUAAUGGUGAGGGUGGUCUUCUUUUGGCUGAAAAGGAAAAUAUUCAAACCCGUCAGAUGAAGGGAACAUUAAGAAUCUAUCGAAAAAGAAAAUCCUCGGACUCUGAAGAAAAUAUCGUACCUGUUACGCUGGCUAGACAAGCUUCAUCAGAUUUAAAUAACAUUCAUUCAUUUGAAGUUUCAGAAAAUGAGGCAGAAAGAGUACAAGCUAGGGAGUGUGCUUCUUCAAUUAAGGUUGCGGAAAAAUUUUUGACAGAGAAUACCUCUUCUAACUGUUCAGUUGGUGAGUUUGCAUCGGUGGAAAGCAAUAAAAUAACGGAAGUGAAGGAUGUUGAUUUAGAUGUUCAUAUCAAGGAUAAUCUUCCUCAAGUAUCAUACUCUUCAGUAACAGAACUUCAUGUUGAUCGUCCAGACAAAAAGCUACUUAUCCUUGAUGUCAAUGGACUUCUAGUUGAUAUUCUUCCAUAUGGUCAUAUAUCAAAUAAGGCCGACAUUACAAUAUCCCAUAAAUCAGUUUUCAAAAGGCCUUUCUGUGAUGACUUUUUACAGUUUUGCUUCAAGAAAUUUAAUGUUGGGGUUUGGUCAUCAAGAACCAAGAAAAACAUGGACAAGGUAAUUGAUUUUCUCAUGGGAGAUUCUAGACAUAAGCUGCUUUUUUGUUGGCAUCAGUCCCACUGUACCAAUACAGGAUUCACCACUGUUGAGAAUAAUAGCAAACCCCUGGUUUUGAAGGAAUUGAAAAAAUUGUGGGACAAAUUUGAUCCUCGUCUUCCAUGGAACAAGGGUGAAUAUGAUGAAUCUAAUACAUUAUUGUUGGACGAUUCACCAUACAAGGCCUUGCGCAAUCCACCGCACACUGCUAUCUUUCCUCAUACAUAUUGCUACAAGGAUGCUGGAGACUCUUCAUUAGGACCUGGAGGCGACCUACGUGUGUAUCUUGAACGGUUAGCGGAAGCUCAAAAUGUUCAAGAUUUUGUUGCUCAACAUCCAUUUGGCCAGCGAGCCAUUACGAAAUCAAAUCCUUCAUGGGGUUUCUACAAGAAGCUUUUAGGUGUUGCCUCUAGACAACGUCAAGUUGUUGCUAGUGGUUCUGGAAAUACAAUAUAGUUCCCCCAUAUUUUUUCUUGGCUGUCAAGUGAUGUUAUUCAAACUGCUGCAAAUGGCUGCAUUGGCGUUGCAGAAUGCUGGUGUCUCUUCUGUUUAGCCAGGUUAGUUGUAAGAGAAAACCCAGAAACAUGUUCCCAGCGGUGGAUUACACAAGCUUGCUUAUAGUAACUGCUGUUCUUUUGAUAACAUGCAGAGUACUGCUCUAGUCGUCCUCAACCUUGAGAUGCGGAACAUUUUUGUUUGUUGUGCUGUAGGUCCUCAAUUUUUUUUUUUUUUUAAACAGGAGCUGUUUCUAUUUUCACUAUAGCAAUUGUUUGGUAUAAGGACAUGUAUGCCAUGCAAACAGCACACAAGAUUGAUCAUUUUGUUGACUACACUUGAAUUACCAUAAUAACAAAAUGAAAUCUCUGUUCCACGAGAUGUCGGUUA